UCCACCUUCACCCCUCAGUACAUGCAUCGCGACAUCUCGCCAUUUCUACGCCAUGCGACUACACCACUCUCACUGCACCCUCCUAAUUCAUGGUUCGAUCACUUACCAGCCGACGGUCAUCGUCUCGGACCUAACAGCUACCUAACCGAACACCCAUCUUUCAGUUCUGGUCUCCCGUUGAUCAAGAUGUCUCCACCUGCUUCAAAUAUCUUCAUGAUAUUCAACGGAAGAUUAUCUUCGCUUAAACCAACCAUUAAGAAGAUUAAGGACAGGGGUACAGGACUUGCGAUAACUCCUGGCAUGUACAAUACACGACCAUUGUUAAAUUCUCUGUCAUAUGGAAAGCUUCAUCUCAUGCAGAGUGCUUUGGAGGAAAAUAACUCCGUUCAGAACUCUGCACUUUUGCAAAGUGGACCAUCACCAAACCGAGAUACGGAAACUGAUAACCUCGGAGGGAUACUCAAGAAUAAGAUGGAAAUAAUUUCACCUACAGAAAUUCAGAACCACAUAGAUCCAGCUGUAGCACCCCAAAUAACUUCUCAGCUUCUCACUGAAGUGAUCCUUAACGUUAAUGGAAAAACUUUCGACACGAAACCAAUAACAGUUACGAACGUACAGGCCUGUGAAGAACAGAGAGCCGUAGAAUCUGAAUCGGAAAAGGGCGAAGACGACGGAAAUGCAAAUCUACCAAAGAAGCCGACAACGUUAGUUCUGCAACCUGCCGCUAAGGCAGUAGCAGGUGCCAAAGGCAUUGCUAUUGCAGCGCCAAUAUCACACGCGGUUGUGAAGAAAGGCCAGGAAGUGAACAUUCACUUCGAUCCAUAUGCCGUCGCUGUUGUUGGACCUGGAGGCUUUGCAGAUGCCCAUUCUGAUCUCGUCAUCACACACCUCGAAGAUCGUCGCUCUCAGAAAAAAGAAAAAUUGUUAGUUUGACAGACUUAACUGGGGAAAAGAAUAACCAGUCUUUAAGUUUAAUUAAAUUUCUCAGACCUUGGACAGAAUUAGAUUAUCGUAGUACAAUUUGAAGAAUACUGAGGGAUAUUCAGGGGUGUAUCUAGGCUGAAUAAAUGGGUCUUGCUGCAGCGAAAAUGCAAGCGAAAACUGCCGUUGCAAUGUGAAGAAAAGUUUCACUUUACCUUCCAUAACGGAUUUACUCUUUUCUGAAAACAGAAAUCGCAUUACAUUUAUCACCACGUUGCAUGCAUUUUCCUCUAGAAAUGACCCUGAUUCAGUUUUAUUUUCUGUUGAUAUAGUUACACCCCUGGUGAAAUAAUUCUUGUUGGGUUCGGGACACAAUGUACCGUAGUUCCUAAAUAUGCACAAAUAUGGUAAUAAAGUAUCAAUCUAUGGA